AUGGCAGGAAGACCCUCAAAUGAAGCUAUUCUUCAAGAACUAAAGCAUGGACUUGCUGAGUUUGAGCUCACUUCCUCUCCGCUUGCUUCAGUUUCCAGCGGUUCCCAAAGAAGGCCCUCAUUUGCCAUUCGUCCCCUUCAACCUGCCACCGGCUAUGGAUUUUUUGCAAGAAUUGGAACUCCAAUAGGAGGAGGAUCUCCAGCCCUGAAGAAAGCACAAUGUUUUUCAGUUCAGAGAGUCACUGGUGAUGGACGCUGUAUGUUUCGUGCUUUGGUAAAAGGAAUGGCUUUGAACAAAGGUAUGGCACUCAAUUCACGUGAGGAGAGAGACAAUGCAGAUGAAUUACGUCUGGCGGUCAAGGAGGUAAUUUGUGAAAGUGGUGACGAACGCCGUAAAUAUGAAGAGGCUUUAAUUGCAAUUACUAUUGAAGAGCCUUUGAGGCGUUAUUGCCAACGGAUUGGACGACCGGAUUUCUGGGGAGGAGAGUCAGAGUUACUGGUGCUAUCAAAGUUGUGUCGCCAGCCAAUUACUGUAUAUAUACCAGAGCGUGAGCAUGGUGGACGUGGCCAUGGUUUUAUCCCUAUUGCCGAAUAUGGGUCUGAGUUUUCGAAGGGUUUGUGGGGAGGAAAACCUCGAAAAGUUGUGAGACUAUUGUACAGUGGUAAGAACCACUAUGACCUCUUAGUCUGA